ACAAUAAUUUUGUUAAGCAAGAAGGAAGCGUCUGCAACAGAGGGAUACUGUCGGAAGCCAGCAGUGGCAAGUCAUCAUCUAGUGGGUGGCCGGCUAACUUCAUUGCACAAAAGUUAUUAGAUGUUAUUAAGCAACAUAAGGCGUCUGCGACAGAGGGAUACUGUCGGAAGCCAGUAAUGCUGAUGAUGGGAAAAAAGAAUUCCUCGUGUGCUAAUGUAACUAUGCAAGAAUGUCACGUUAACUGGAUGUUAAGUUGUCCCAAUCCAACUCCGCUUGCAUUUUUUCAAUAUAUAGUUCCAACACAUCGUGUUCGAGCAACUGAAAAAUAUUACCAAGCACUUGAUCUGGCUUUGAGCGAAACUGAUAAUCAUGGACUGCAGAGUAAUCUCAAAAAAAUGAAAGAAACUGUGGAUGAAGGAGGGAUUCUAUUUGACUGGGAAACCUGGAUGCAACAGAAAACAGUGAUUUUAGUUCACCGUUCUAUACAUAGUACAAACCUUAAUAUUCAUGAGGAGAUAAAUACAUUUGCGCAAAACAAGGAUAUGCCAUCAGCAAAACGCGUCAGAAUUGAUGGGGUGAAGACUUUGAUUGAUACGAUGAGUUUGAACAUAUCUGGUGUACUGAUGGUACUGAUGUUGGGAAAUUUUAGUCUAGCAUUCUAUGACAUCAUAGAUAUUUCACCAGGUUCGAAUAGUGGUUUCGUACAAUCACUACCUCGUGAUGUAGUACGUGAAAUAAGACGGUCAAAAUCAUUGUCAACACCUAAUAUGGACAAUAUAGAUGGAAUGAAAGAUUAUAUCAUUGAUUUUAUUAAGAAGAAAAAUUUUCGUAACUAUGUGGAUGAGAGCUACAUGAAAACACGAGUCAACAAUACUACAAAAUUCAUAUGGGACUAUUUGAACUUCCU